GGGAAAAUGUCACCGCCACGACUAAGUCGCUAUUUGAUGGCCGUUCGUGGGCGUGAGGGGGAGCAUAGUAAAAACUCUCAAACGGACGAGGAAAAGCAGCGCGAUCGACAGCGAAACGAACGUGAGGCGAGAAAGGAAGAGCAGGACGCCAUUAACUACAAGCGCGACAAGGAGCAACGCGAGGCCCGCCUCCUGGACUUUGAGAUCCGCCGGCAGCAGAAGCGCGACGAGCAGCAGCAGCAGCGCCAGCAGCAGCAGCAACUCCAGCAGCAUCGCGAGCACCAGCACCAGCAGCAUCGCGAACAGCAACUGCAACACCAGCAGCAGCAACAGCAAUCCAGCGAGAAGAGCCCGCCCACCUCAUCCACUUCCCAACAGCAGCAGCAUCAGUUGCACCUACAGCAGCAGCGACAGCAGUUGCAUCUCCAACAACAGCAUCUGCAGCAACAACAGCAGCAGCAACAGUCGACGGGCAGCGGCAGCAGCAACACCCCCGUCACCCCCAAAUUGCAGACCCCGCCCCCCGAUCGCUCGCUGCCGCCCGCCUUCCGGAGUCGCUCCAUCGAGCGGGAGAUCCUCUACGAACGGAAACGAUUCUCCCAGCCGGACCCCGGCGAGAUCAAGGUGUCCCACCACCCCCCACCACCAACCACCUUCACAUUGCACCCUCACCCUCACCUGCAACCAGUAACCUGUAACCUGCAACAUGCAAUCUGCAAUCCAAACCCCGCUCCCCUUUCAAAAUGAGGUGGAGAAAAAUCGUUGACAGUUUCCAUUCGA